AUGGAUCUGUCAGAGCUUGGAGAGGCUGCAGCCUUCCUCAGAAGAAGCCGGGCUGAGCUGCUUCCGCUCCAGGCCGUGCCCUUUGAUGAGAAGAAGAAAUGCUGGAUUCAUGAUGGCAAACACGCGUAUGUUGUGGCCGAGGUUAAAGGGAGAGGAAAUGAUGGCAAACUAAUCGUCAAGACAACAGAUGGAAAGAGUCUGAGUGUCAAAGAGAAUGAAGUCCAGCAAAUGAAUCCCCCAAGGUUUGAAAUGAUUGAAGACCUAGCAAUGCUGACUCAUCUCAAUGAAGCAUCCAUGCUGCAUACCCUGAGGAGGCGCUAUGACCACUGGAUGACCUAUACAUAUUCAGGUCUCUUCUGUGUGAGCAUAAACCCUUACAAGUGGCUCCCAGUGUAUCAGAAAGAAGUCGUGGCUGCCUACAAAGGGAAGAGGCGAUCAGAAGCUCCCCCUCACAUCUUCACUGUGGCCGAUAAUGCCUUUCAGGAUAUGCUGCACAAUCGGGAGAAUCAGUCUACUUUUGACGUAAGAGAAUCUGGUGCUGGAAAGACUGUGAACACCAAACAUAUUAUCCAGUAUUUUGCCACCGUAGCAACCAUGGGUGAAUCUAGGGAAAAAUCUGCUAUAUUUCUCUUACCUGUAUCUCAGGGGACUUUAGAAGAUCAAAUCAAGCACAUGCAUCCUAUCUUGAAAGCAUUUGGAAAUGCCAAAACCCUGAGAAAUGACAACAACUCUCGUUUUGGCAAAUUCAUCAGGAUGCACUUUUGUGCCAGAGGCAAGCUGUCGUCUGCAGACUUCGACGUUUAUUUGCUUGAAAAAUCCCAAGUGAUUUUCCAGCAGCCUGGAGAGAGGAACUACCACAUAUUCUAUCAAAUUCUGUCUGGAAAUAAAGAACUUCACAACAUGCUCCUGGUGUCUGGAAAUCCCUCUGACUUUCCGUUUUGCUCUCAUGGAGUACUUGCUGUGGACAGCCGGGAUGAUGCUGGAGAAUUGCUGGCCACCGACCGGGCCAUGGACAUCUUGGGCUUUCUUCCUGAUGAGAAGCAUGGAUCCUAUAAACUCAUUGGAGCCAUCAUGCACUUUGGAAACAUGAAAUUUAAACAGAAACCCAGAGAAGAGCAAGUGGAAGCAGAUGGCACAGAAAGUGCUGACAAAACUGCUUUCCUCAUGGGCAUUAAUUCCUCUGAGUUGGUGAAGGGCUUGAUCUAUCCUAGAAUAAAAAUUGGCAAUGAAUAUGUUACUAGAAGUCAAAAUGUAGAACAGGUGACCUGUGCGGUGGAUGCCCCGUCCAAGUCAGUGUAUGAAAGGAUGUUUAAGUGGCUGGUGGCACGAAUCAACAGGGCGCUGGAUGCCAAGCUGUCAAGGCAAUUCUUCAUUGGCAUUCUUGACAUCACUGGUUUUGAAAUUCUUGAUUAUAACAGCCUCGAGCAACUUUGCAUUAAUUUUACCAAUGAAAAAUUACAACAGUUCUUUAAUCAGCACAUGUUUGUUCUGGAGCAAGAGGAAUAUAUGAAAGAAGGCAUUGACUGGGUGUCCAUUGACUUUGGUCUGGAUUUACAAGCCUGCAUAGAUCUCGUUGAGAAGCCAAUGGGCAUCUUUUCCAUCCUCGAAGAGGAAUGUGUGUUUCCUCAGGCUACAGAUGUAACUUUCAAGACCAAACUUUUUGACAACCAUUUUGGGAAGUCGGCAUAUUUCCAGAAGCCCAAGUCUGGUAAUAAGAGAUAUGAAGCGCACUUUGAGUUUGUCCAUUAUGCAGGAGUUUUUCCAUAUUUGUGCCUUUGGCUUGAAAAGAACAAAGACCUUCUUAAUGAAACAGUGGUGGCUGUUUUUCAGAAGUCGUCAAACAGACUCCUGGCAAACCUUUUUGAAAAUCACAUCAGUACUGACAGUGCUCUACAGUUUGGGGAGAAGAAACGCAGGAGAGGAGUAUCAUUCCAAAUGGUUGCAUCUCUGCAUAAAGUAAUUUUUAAUUGUAUCUAUUCAUAUAUUAACUGUCUCACAAUCUACUUGGAGACAAGCAUAAAUCCCAAUGUGAACAAAAUGCCAGGUGUAUUGGACCCUUACUUGCUUCUGCAGCAGCUGCGCUGUAAUGGUGUUUUAGAAGGAGCUAGGAUAUGCUGUGAAGGUUUUCCGAACCAACUGCUGUAUGCUGAUUUUAAACAAAGGUACUGCAUUCUGAACCCAAGGACAUUUCCAAAGAGGAGGUUUAUAAGCAGCAGAAAAGCAGCUGAGGAGUUACUUGGCUCCUUGGAGAUAGACCAUAUCCAGUACCGCUUUGGAAUCACUAAGGUGUUUUUAAAAGCUGGCUUUCUGGAACAACUGGAAGCAAUGAGAGAUGAGAGACUAUCUAAAGUCUUAACAUUGUUCCAAGCCAGAGUACGAGGCAAACUGAUGCGAAUCAAGUUCCAGAGGAUUCUGGAAGAAAGGGAUGCACUUCUUUUGAUCCAGUGGAACCUAAGAGUUUUCAUGGCUGUGAAGACCUGGCCCUGGAUGAGGCUCUUCUUCAAGAUCAAGCCUCUUGUUCCAUCUGCUACAAUGGGAAAGGAGAUAGCUGCUCUGAAGGAGGAGUGUGUGCAACUGCAAAGAACCUUGGAGAAAUCAGAAUCUCAGAGGGAAGAACUGAAAGCAGAACAGUUCUCCUUCAUCAGGGAAAAGAAUGACCUGCUUCUUCAGCUGCAGGCUGAGCAAGAGACCCUGGCAAAUGUUGAAGAGCAGUGCGAGUCGCUGAUUAAAUCCAAGAUCCAGCUGGAGGCCAGAGUCAAGGUGCUGUCUGCGCGGGUGGAGGAAGAAGAGGAGAUAAAUUCCGAGCUGACUGCCAGGGGGCGGAAGCUCGAAGAUGAAUGUUCUGAGUUGAAGAAAGAAAUCGAUGACCUGGAAACAAUAUUGGUGAAGUCACAGAAGGAGAAGCGUGCUACAGAGCACAGGGUCAAGAACCUCACUGAGGAAGUGGAGUCUCUAAAUGAGGAUAUCAGCAAACUUAAUAGAGCAGCCAAGGUCAUGCAGGAGGCCCACCAGCAGACACUGGACGACUUGCUCAGAGAGGAAGAGAAAGUCAGCAGCCUGAGCAAAGCCAAGUUGAAAUUGGAACGGCUAGAUGAGCUUGAGGGUGCCCUUGAGCAGGAGAGGAAAGCAAGAAUGACCUGUGAGAGGGAAAAGAGCAACCUGGAGGGCGAUUUCAAGCUGCAGCGCGGGGGGAGUAUGGAGCACCUGGAGAGAAGCCGGCUGCAGCUGGCGGAGAGCCUGAGCAAGAAAGAACUAGAAAUUAAUCAGACAAAUUUAAAGGUGGAGAAGGAGAAAGGCCUGGUGGCUCAGCUUCAGAACAUGGUUAAAGAGCUACAGAUACAGAUACAGGCUUUAAAAAGGGAACUGGAAGUUGAAAGGACUACUAGAGCCAAGGUGGAGAGGGAGAGAGCUGACCUCACCCAAGAACUGGAAGACUUGAAGGAGAGGCUGGAGGAAGCAGGAGGCACCAGUUUGGCUCAGCUGGACAUAACUAAGAAACAGGAAACAAAAUUCCAGAAGCUUCGCCGAGACAUGGAAGAGGCUACACUGCACUUCGAGGCAACUUCUGCCACUUUGAAGAAGAGACAUGCAGACAGCCUGGCCGAGCUCCGGGGCCGGCUUGAAAAUUUACAAUGGGUCAAGCAGAAAUUAGAAAAAGACAAGAGCGACUUGCAGCUAGAAGUGGAUGACCUCCUGACCAAUGUUGAGCAGAUGACCAGAGCUAAGGCUAACUCCGAGAAGCUCUGUGGUCUGUAUGAAGAGCGCUUGAAGGAAGCAAAUGCAAAACUAGAUGAAGUGACUCAGUUGGCAAAUGACCUGAACGCACAGAAGACAAAGCUACGGAGUGAGAAUGGAGAGUUCCUGAGCAGGUUGGAAGCAAAGGAAGCUCUCGUAAACCAACUUUCCAGGGAAAGGAGCAACUUCGCUCGGCAGAUAGAAGAACUGAAAGGGCAACUGGAAGAGGAAUCCAAAUCACAGAGUGCCCUGGCACAGGCCCUGCAGUCAGCCAAGCGUGACCAUGACCCCCAAGAGCAGUAUGAGGAAGAACGAGAGGCCCAGGCCGAGCUGCUCCGGGCUCUCUCCAAAGGCAACAGUGAAAUGGUGCAGUGCAGAAUGAAGUAUGCAGACGACAUCACCCAGAGGACGGAGGACUUGGAGGAGGCCAAGAAGAAGCUGGCCGUGAGGUUGCAGGAGGCCGCCGAAGCCGUGGGGGAGGCAGACGCCAGAAACGCCUCCCUGGAGAGGGCCAGGCACCGACUGCAGCUCGAGCUGGGGGACACCCGGUCCGACCUCGGGAAGGCCCGCUCCUCAGCAGCUGUGCUGGACCAGAAGCAGCAGCACCUGGACAAGCGCCUGGACGACUGGAAGCGGAAGCAGGAGGAGUCACGGGCCAUGCUGGAGGCCUCUCAAAGGGAGGCCCGCGCCCUCGGCCCUGAGCUCCUCAAGCUCAGGCACGCCUACGAGGAGAGCGCUGUGAGCCAGGAGACCCUCCAGAGGGUGAACAAGAAUCUCCAAGAAGAGAUUUCUAAUCUGACAAAUCAGGUGAGAGAAGGAAAGAGGAACCUAAGUGAAAUGGAAAAGGCCAAGACACAGAUAGAGCAAGAGAAGACUGAAGUCCAGGCGGCACUGGAAGAAGCAGAGGGAGCUCUGGAACGUAAUGAAAGCAAGAUUCUUCGCUUCCAGCUUGAACUCUUGGAAGCUAAAGCAGAACUUGAAAGAAAGCUUUCAGAGAAAAAUGAAGAAAUAGAAAAUUUUAGGAGGAACCAGCAAUGUGCUAUUGACUCCCUGCAGUCUAGUCUGGAUUCUGAAACUAGAAGCAGAAUUGAGGCGACCCGGCUGAAGAAGAAUGUGGAAGGGGACCUCAGCGAGAUGGAACUCCAGCUUAGUUAUGCCAACCGGCAGGUGUCAGAGGCAACCAAAUCUGGCCAGCUUCAGACUCAGGUCAAGGACCUUCGGGUGCAGCUAGAUGACAGCACACACCUGAACAGUGAGCUGAAGGAGCAGGUGGCUACGGCUGAGAGGCACAACUCUCUUCUCCAGUCUGAGCUAGAGGAACUGAGGUCCUUGUAUAAGCAGACAGAAUGUGGGCGCAGGCUGGCAGAGGAAGAGCUCCUGCAGGCCACAGAGAGAAUCAAUCUUUUCCAUACCCAGAACACUAGGCUCCUCAGCCGGAAGAAGAAACUGGAGGUCGAUGUUGGCAGGAUGCAGAAAGAAGCCGAAGAGGCAGUGCAGAGGUGUCAAAAUGCAGAAGAGAAGGCCAAGAAGGCGGCCACUGAGUCAGCAAACAUAUCAGAAGAACUGAAGAAGGAGCAAGACACCAAUGCCCACUUGGAGAGGAUGAGAAAGAACAUGGAGCAGACAAUUAAAGACUUACAAAAAAGGCUCGAUGAAGCUGAACAGAGGGCCGUGAUGGGGAAUAGAAAGCAAAUCCAGAAACUAGAAUCGAGGGUUCGCGAACUGGAAGGUGAACUGGAGGGCGCAGUCCGUCACAGUGCCGAGGCCCAGAAGGGAGCCCGCAGGCUGGAGCGAUGCGUCAAAGAGCUGGCCUAUCAGGCAGAGGAAGACAAGAAAAAUCUGAGCAGGAUGCAGACUCUGAUGGAUAAGCUUCAGCUACAAGUACAAAGUUACAAGCAGCAAAUGGAGGCAGCAGAAGCACAAGCCAAUCAGUAUCUUUCCAAGUAUAAGAAGCAGCGACAUGAGUUGAAUGAAGUUAGGGAAAGGGCAGAGAUAGCAGAGUCUCAAGUCAAUACGCUCAAGAUCAAAGCAAAAGAGUCUAGAAAGAAGUUCCAGGUCCGAGAUUCAUUUGUGUAGAGGAGCCGGGAGUCCAGAGAGCAAGGAUGAUUUUAAAAGCACCCAUGGAUCUGCUUGAAAGUGAGUUUAAGUCUUUCUAUGUUGAUAAGUACAUGACUUUAUGCUGGAUCAGUAUGGAGGGCGGGGUGGUGAGGUUUAAAGUUGAGGCAGUGGAGAAUAAAUGAGCCUGUCCUCUCUAGCUUUCUGCUUUACCCCUCAUUCUGUCCUAAAACAAGGGGAAGGGGUAUUUCCAUAUCUGUGGUUCUCAACACUACUCUUCAGAUCCCAUAGGAGGGGUUGCCACCCUAACUUUACUAGUAAAGUGGCAGCAUGACAAAGACCACUGAACUGUAGGCUUGUCGGGGUCAGUGUCUGUUCAGGCUGCUCUAACAGAAUGCCAGAGACAGGGUGACUUAUAAAUAACAAACAUUUCUCAGUUCUAGAGGCUGGGCAGUCUGGGAUCACGGGCUGGCAGAUUUAGUGCCUGAUGGGGCCACUUCCUCAUAGAUAACACUUUUCUCACUGUGUCCUCACAUAGUAAAAGGUGUGGGAGGAAGAAGCAGCUCUCUGGGGAUUUUUUUAGAAGGCACUAAUCCUAUUCACAAGAACUUCAUCCUCAUGAUGUAAGGGCUCCACCAUUCAACAUAUGAAUUUGGGGGUUAUAAAAACAAAAUAGGAAGCCAUAGCUUUCAUAUUGAGAUUUCCCACAAACAGGGUUUUUUAAUGAGGUCUGGCUUUAGGAGAAUGAAUUAAAGGACAUUGGAUAAUGCUCCAUUAGCUGCCCUUUAUGGAAUGCCUAUAAAGCACUUAGCACAGUGUCUAGCACAGAUAGGUACCAUUUCAUUUUUAAAAAUUUGGUACGUGCCUGGUCCUCUUAUUAUAAGUGAAUUAGUAACAACUCUGCAAGAUAAGUAGAUAGGGUUGGCCAUAAUACAUACUACCUGAAAGAAGGUCAAAAUAAUCUCUUUUGAAAGAGAAUCUAAAAGUUGGUUAUAUUGAAUAUACUUAGAUCUAAAUAUGAGAAACAUGAGUCAUUGGCACACUCCAGAGAUUUCUUGUUGCUGCCUGAAUAUUGUCUCAGGGAUAAGGCCUAUGAGCAGAGGUCCAGUUAAGUGGUUUGAACUCUGCCCUCAAUUUAAGAAGGGUCAUGGCACUGGAUUUGGGGUCUUAGAGGCAUCAACUCCAUAUAAUGGUUUUGUUUAGGGAAAUGCCUCACAUGUGUUAUGCUUGCACUCAGCUGGAGGAGGUCAAAAGGACUGCAAAACAUAUGUAAUGUAUUCGACUUUGUCACAGUUAUUUCCAACAAAGAAUAAAAUGAGUGAAGCAGAAAUUGCUUCUGAGAGGCCUGAGAGGACUAGGAAAACCAUCUUUGGCAGUGCAUUGAUUGUUUCCCAUUCUCAGAAUUUGGAAAGCCUGAAAAAUCUCUCAACUGUCCUAAACCAAGAGAAAAGGUUUUCUGAUAGAAUUGGGUGUCUCUCUGGGCUGUGGAUCCAAUUGGUGAUGUGGCCACAGUCUUUCCCUCGUGGGGC